AUGAGUGGCGCCAUGAUGAGAGGCCUCUACAACGUUUACAAGACGCAGUCACGCAGCGACCAGGGGCCUCCUGGUAACAACUUCGACCAGCCGCACAACAAAAUCGUACAGUCGUUCAUCAAAAAGGGGACAACACGCGACAAUACACUGGCUCUGCAUCAUCCUGUCGCACAAUUACCUGUGGCCUCCGACAACCAACAUCGGCCUGCAGCGUCUCAGCCCUUUGCAUUUUCAUCGAAAACUAGCAUCGGCUUGCACCGCCUCAGCCUCGUGCAUUGGCCGUCGAAAAAAAACACAAGGGCAAGUCCCGCCACAAACAAGUCCUGUCGCACAUUUACUUCUGCAAGACUAGCAGCGACCAGGGCCUGUCAGAGUGCAACCUCAGCCUGCUCAGAAACAACAGGGCGCAGCUCAAAGGGAUCGCCGAGACGCAGCCGCCGCUCUCAUAUUGCAAGUAGUGCAGAUGGCAGUAUUGAGAUUCCUGUCGGAAAUGCAAUAGCAGAAGACACCAAUGCUGGGACAGCCCUCUUUACAGCCACAGCAACUAUUGACAGCGGCGUGGCUAACGCUGCUGCCUCCUAUAAUCUUGUUGAUGAUGCAGGUGGUAAAGGAACAAUAGAUGCAGCCACUGGCGUAGUGUCCUUGGCAACCGGCCAAACACUGGAUUUUGAAACGGCUCCAACUCUUAUUUUUAAAAUUAAGGCUACUGAUAGUGGUGACAGCGCUGUUGGAACAGCCACUAUAACACUCACUAUUACCGACGUCAACGAAGCACCAGCCUACGCAGAAGCACAAUUCACAGCGUGUGUUGAGGACAAGUCUGGCGCUGACACGCUGGUAGGCACAUACACAGCCACAGAUCCGGACGCAAGCAAUACCGUCACAUACUCCAUUGCCUCUGGAGACACCAAUUCUGAGUUCGCGUACGGGACUGAUGGUCAACUGAAAGUGGCGCCAAGCAAGACGCUUGACAAAAGUGCAACGCCAACCUACACGUUGGUGCUUCAUGCCGCUGACGCCGCAUCCCUUACCGGAACAGCAACGGUGACGUUGAGCGUCGAGUCAACAUGCAGCGGCGCGGAAGCCAUCGGUGCCAUGUUUGCGUCUGUGCUUCUGUCUGCAAUUGUUUCUUAUCUGAUCUAAAAUUGAUGAGUUUUAAAACUACCUUUCAGAGAAUGUUUUCAACAAGGCUGUGAUUUGAGAUUUAGAGACAAAUAUCGUGUGAAGAACUAGCAAUUAUUUA